AUGACCAAAUGUGAUGAUCAGCCCACGAUGGCAGCCACCGACGGCCAAGUAGUAGUGGCGGCCUCCAGAUGGUCUGAUGAGGCCCACUAUCUUCGUGAAUUCGCCACCAAGCAUCGCCUGCCAAGCGUCGCCAAGAUCAUCAAGGGCCAAUAUGGUGGCCUUGGCGUACCAACCUUACCAAGCCCUGGCCUGCAGAGUACAGCUCUCCUCAUAUCAGCAGGGAAAAGAAAGAAGAUCAUUGCCCAAGCCAUCAAACUAAAAGAGGGAAGACGAAUGGUCAGCGUCGGACCUAGAAUUGCUAUCCCCGAAACUUACAAAGGGUACUUUGAAUUGCUCAGUGAAGAAGGAAGAGCCGUUAGAUGUAUCGAAUCAGUAGCAGAACUCGCAAGGAGAAAAUUAGACGACGGAUGCUUAGUGAGAGAGCCCGUUAGAGUUAUUUGCGCUAAAACUGACUUAGAUGGGAACGUAACAGCUGAUGGGGCGAGAAACCUACCCGCUGGUGAAAUACUAAUGCCAAGAGGUGAAGUUUUCUUAGGUAAAAGCAAAUAUCUAAAAUGUACCGACACAAAAGGUGAUACGGUACUACUGAGUUUAGACCAGCGAGGAAAGUUUUCAGCUGUCGCCAAAGAGGAGAACAUCAGCGGUGUGCAUACAGCAAAGACGCUUCUCACGAAGAGGUUGCCAGUUACAGUGAGAUUAGUGCACGGAACACCACCGAGAGGACUAAAGAGUUCCAAUCACUUUGUGCCAGAACUAAGACUGCUUUCAAUGUUCGAAGAAGAUCACGUGUUUGCAUUGCCACUACAAAAAGAAGGCAAUGCCCUCAUUGCUCUACCAUUAGCGGCUCCCCUUAAAAUGUUGAGAUGCAAAAACGAGGAGCAAAUAAAAAAUUUCAUGGAGUUCUCGAGGCUAGUCGAAAAGUGCAAUCGAUUGCUUGUGGACGUUGUUGAUAGGAUACACGUUUUGGACGGAAAACUUGGUGAUCCUAAGAGGCUUCUGAACGGUCCCCUUCAUGCCCCACCGUUGAUAAAAACCGGUUACUUCCUCAGACGAAGUGCGUCUUCCGACACUGCCAAUCAGCACAAGUAUAUUUCACGACACAACCACGUUUACAGUAGUCACAGAGACGAAAACACCAUCCCCGAUGAAUAUGAUGAAAUCGAUCAAAUAUACGACUAUGUCAGGGGGUUUGCGCCUCUACCCAAAAACAUUAAGGCGUCAUAUACAAACGAGCCCACCAGACAUGAGUCUGCUCCCUCUUCUCCCGCUCAGACGCCGAUCCACAUGCCUCUUAUUACAGAAAUUAAACCAGAACCACCUCCUAUCGAAACCAUACCAACAAAAAAGGCCAUAAAUCAAAAAGCAGAGAAGAGGACACGCAAAGCUUCAUUGCCUGUCAAAGAAACGCCAGUCACUGUUUACAAAGAAAAGUGUUCCAUCGCUCCGGCGCCAAACAAUCUUCCUAAAUUGUUUAUUAAGAAUAAUCUGGUAAAUAAUAACAAAGGUAGCAGAAUGGUGUUCAGGCAGAAGAGCAAUUCUCCCACGAAGGAGACUCCUAGUCCGGUUACUAGUCCUGUUCGCCCGAUAACUAAAGGGGACUCUCCGAUCUUCAACAUAAGAUACAAAAGCCUCUCAAACAUCCAACAAGCCAUGGAACUAGACGGAACCUUGGACUCGAGUCACUCCGGCGGUAGGACGUCUGGUGAUUCGAACAAUGGGCCGAAACUUCCAGAGAAGCGGUCGAGAAAGCUGAGCAGGCCUAAGUCCUUGACGAAUCUUGUGUGGGAACUGAAGGGGUGUCCUGUGGAGUCGAGUGAUAAACCAAAAUGUAGGGUUAAAAAUGAAGGUUACAAGAAAACAGGAGCGAAGCUGUCGUUAGGCGCGCAGAAGAGGGUGCCCACAUUGUAUCUCUGAUUCUGAGGUAAGAUAAAUUUAUUUCAAAGUUUAAUAUAGUAUUAGGAAACAACAAAAAUACACGAAAAUAGUGGUGAUGCUAUCACCACCAAAUACAUGGUAUUUGGAUGCCAGCAGUUUAUUACCGUGUUGUAACGUGUGUUCAGUCGGUCUACCUCGCAAUCAUGAUGAGUAAAUAUGUAAAUUAAGACAGUAUCUAAUUUGAUAUAGAUUAUGGUAUCGACUGUGAAAUGAUUUUCUAAAUCUAAAAUUAAAUUUGAGAACAAUAUAUACAUUCUCUAAACAGAAUAAAAAAGAGAGACUAAUGAUUUUAGUUUUUAGUUUAGAGAAUCAAGCCAGAAUCGACACCUAUGUCUCACUUCGGAAUGUAUAUCCAAAGUUGCCUUCAUUUGAAAAAGCUGUGGGUUUUCAAUUUUAUUAUCUAAAAUCACGUUAGAAAAUCAAUAACUCCUUAUAUUUAUUUUAUUUAUUUAUUUUGGCAGCAUACAGUCAUGUACAUCAAUGUUUACACCAUCUUAAAAUAAUACAUAGGUUUUAGACCUUGAGUGCCUACAAUUAUAUUGUUAUGAAAUUUUAUGGAAGUCAGGUUAGAAGCAAUACAGUGUGCUAUAUCAUCUUUAUCAGAUUUUGUAUAUCAGUUAUAACAACAUUUCAAAGGCAGAUUUUGUGCAGUAUUUAAAUAUAAAACAAAAACCUUGAAUCAAAUACCAAAAUCAGAAAAAAACGCAGUAACAGUAUACAGAAAACUACAUACAGGUUGAUCAUCCGAAACUGUUAAAUAAGCUUUAUGUUGCUAUCAGAUAAGAUACACGUUGAUGCGUUAGGGUUUUUAACCAUUGUGCUGCUAAACUCACGUAUGUACAUAUAUAACAGUAAAGAAAAUGUUUUUUGUAGAUUUGAUGUUGUUUAUAUAUUUGAUUUUCAAGCUGGAUCUCCUGAUUAUGAAUAUAAACAGGUACAUUUAGCUUACCUAAACUAAAGGAACCUAUUUAUAUUUAUAAACAGAAGACAACAACAAUACAUGCUGCCCAAGAAAUUUUAAUAUUAUCGAAGUAAAAGCUACCCAAACGAGAAUAUUGCUUACUAUUCUAGUAUUGGCAAAACAGAUGGCAUAUCACGACCCUUUAAGAGGCAGCAAAUUGCAAAAUUUAGCAGAUGAGCACCCGGUCGUAAUCUAUGCUAAUGCCAGCCACAGUCUGCGUACAGUACCUUGCAUAAUCGAACCUUAAAAUGCUCAUCUCGAUGUUGCAUUACUGCUCUGUGGCCAUGGCAGUAUUGUGAGAAAGGUUUAAAUACAUUUUACUUGAAACACUUUCAUGUGCUUUUUAAAUAUCUGCUAGUACAUCAUUCUUUCCCGUUACAAAAUUGAACUAAAACCAUGAACGAAUUACGCCGAUAAUUUAUGUGUGAGUAAACUGUUUUUUGGAGCUCGAUGGCGGUUAGCGCGUUCGGCUGUGAUCGUUGAAGUUAAGCAACUUUCGCAGUGGUCGGUCAUUGGAUGGGUGACCA